CCAGUAGAGAGGUAGAACGGAGAGAGGAGGAAAGGGAGAGACGUGCUCUUGGGAUGGGAGGACUGGGAAAGAGGAAGAGAAGCAACAAGAGGGUGAAGAGAGAAAGAAACAGAAGAAAUAAAGAGGAGCAUCACAGGAUCCCCGAGCACUGACGUUUGAGUCGAGGGUCGUGUGUGAGUCCAGACAACGGGGAUGUUGUGAGUGUGAUUGAUUGACAAGAAGAAAACAAACAGAGAGAGAAAGUAGGGAGCCAAAGUGUGCCUAAGAAAGUUUGGGUGUUUGUAACAGUAUGUGUGAAACAAAGAAGAGCAGUGAGAGGGGGUGGAGGCAGAAAAAAUGGGGAGUCCACAUGUGACUGAGUUGGAGAGAGAGGUGUUUUUUAAGUGUGUAUAGGAAGGGGGGUGGGCAGCGAGAGCAUGCAGAGUGUAUCCUUCCCUCUGUCCCUGUAGCAGAGCUGAACCAGAGCCAGGAAAAGGGGAAGGGCCUCCCUGUCCUCCACUCCAGCUGACAAAAACAGCUGCCCAGGAGCCUGGGCUGGAGCCUGUAUAGAGGACAGAGAGGAAGAGGGGAGGACAGAGGACAGAGGGAGAGAAGAGAGAGAAGAGGAGGAGGACGUAAAGUCCCGAGGCCAGGACCCGUCCACCUAUAUGGGUUGCGUCCUGAGUACGGAUUGGUGUGGGGAGGAAGAGGUGCAACCGGUGCCAGUGGUCAGAAACUCGUCUCUGAAGAGAAGGAGCCUGGAGAGGAGUGAGAGCGGCAGGAUGAGGCUGACGAAGGGGGGGAAGGGAGAGCCCCACGUCUUCAAGGAAAAGACCUUUAAGAAGAAGCGGCAGUGCAGCGUGUGCCGUCAGAACAUCGACAACGUCGGCUCCUUCUGCAGAGUAUGCAAGACAGCCACUCACAGGAAGUGUGAGGCCAAGGUGACCUCGGCAUGCAUCCCAGCUCCCUCCAAUGAUCUGCAGCGCAGAGGGACUGCUCCUUCUCGACACAUCCAGCACCUGGGGUCCACCAAGUCACUGACCUAUGCCAAACAGAGAAACACCCUGCCAAGGAGCUUCAGUGUGGACCGCGUGAUGGAGCGAGUGAUGGAGCGCCACUAUGACUUCGACCUGACCUACAUCACAGAGAGGAUCAUCUCUGUUUUCUUCCCCCCAAAGCUGGAGGAGCAGAGAUACCGUCUCAACCUGAAGGAGGUGGCUGCCAUGCUCAAGUCCAAACACCAGGACAAAUUUCUGCUCCUGAACCUUUCCGAGAGGCGCCACGAUAUCACCCGACUAAACACAAAGGUUCACGACUUCGGCUGGCCCGACCUCCACGCCCCACCGCUGGAUAAGAUCUGUGCCAUAUGUAAGGCCAUGGAGACGUGGCUGACCUCUGACCCCCAGCACGUGGUGGUCCUACACUGCAAGGGCAACAAAGGUAAAACAGGCGUCAUCAUUGCUGCCUACAUGCACUACAGCAAGAUCUCUGCAGGGGCGGACCAGGCUCUCAGUACUCUCGCCAUGAGGAAGUUCUGUGAAGAUAAGGUGUCCUCUUCCCUUCAGCCGUCCCAAAACAGGUAUAUCUAUUACUUCGGGGGCCUUCUCUCCGGGGCCAUCAAGAUGAACAGCAGCCCUCUCUUCCUCCACCAGGUUCUCAUCCCGUCCCUCCCCAACUUCCAGGGAGAAGGAGGUUACUACCCCUUCUUGAAGAUCUACCAGUCCAUGCAGUUGGUCUACACUUCAGGCAUAUAUGACCUUCAAGGCACUGGAGGCAGGCGGCUGUGUGUGACCAUCGAACCGGCACUGCUGCUAAAGGGUGACAUCAUGGUCAAAUGCUACCACAGACGAGCCCAGAGCGCUGACAGAGACACUGUGUUCAGGUUGCAGUUCCACACCUGCACCAUCCAUGGAUCCCAGCUCUGGUUUGGCAAAGGGGAGCUGGAUGAAGCUUGUACUGAUGAGCGUUUUCCAUCAGACGCCACAGUUGAGUUUGUCUUCUCCUCUGGACCUGAGAAAAUCAAAGGCCGUGAGUACCAGAAGAACGACCCGGCUGUCACAGUCGACUACAACACUGCUGACCCAGUGGUUCGCUGGGAUUCCUAUGAGAACUUCAACCAGCGAUACCAGGACAGCCUGGAGGAUAUUGCCCACACCAGAGGUCCUCUAGAUGGCAGUCUCUACGCACAGAUAAAGAAGCGCCGAGGUCCCGGCUCUGGUUCUCUCAGUUCAACCAAUGGCAGCAGCCCAGCAACAGGCCUUGGAGAAGAUAGGCCAGAUCAUCUUAUCACCCAAGGUUCUGACUCCGCCCUCUCUGCCCAUUCCGUCCAUUUAAACCAAUCAUCUAUCCACCCCGAGCGCCAGGAGGAGGCCAUUCGCCCGCUGCCCCCAACCAGACAGGAGAGAGAGGAGCUUCAACGUCUUCUCGGAGGCAUAGAGGGAAACCAGGAUGGGGAGAGAGAGACAGCCAUCUUGGAUGAUGGAGAUUCUUUGCCCUCUGAGAGAACUGGGACGCUGAGGCUCAGUCGGUCCUGUUCCUGCCGGGAUGGUUACCGAUCCCAGCGCUGUGCCGAGCCUGGCUGCGACCGCACCCUCCUCAUGCCUAAUGGUUACUGCCUCGACAGGGCUCCAGGCACCAACGGGCAUCAUGGGGCAACGCCUUCUGCCAGCCCCAACCCUGCUGCUCCUCCGUCACACAUGGAUCUGUGCCAGCACUACAGCCCCCACUCCCACCAGUCCCUCCCACCGCCAGAUCUGGUGUGGGACCGCCAGAGUGGCCCGCCACACUAUCUACACCGCUCCUGCUCAGAGGCUUCCUCAUCUCGUCAUGUCUGCCCAUACCCGUCACCAGACCUCACCCCUCAUCCACACAACCACCCACAUCACCACCCUCUGUCUGCCCCAGGUCGGCUCUGCUGUCGAGAAGAUGACUACCCCUAUCACCACCCUCCUCCUCCUCACAGCCACCAUCAUCCCCACCCACACCACUCCAAACCCUCCACCAGCCCUACCUAUCAUGAUAUAAUGCUAAUGGAUGGUCUGCCACCCACUGGCUGCCCAUGCAGAGACUGCAGCAUCAGAAGAGAAGACUCGGCGGCCUAUCACAGCCUGAGGCUGGACCAAGGUGACGGCUUCCACUGGGACAGAGAGGUGGAGCUUCAGCAGAGGGAGGUGGGGCUCAGGAGAGCCAGGGAGGCAGAGCUACCCAGAGGGUCAGAGCUCCACUGGGAGAGGGAUCCUGGGCUGAGACGAGGCAGAGAGUUGUCCCUCCACUGGGAGAGAGACAGGGAGGCUGAGCUGCAGUGGGAGAGGGACAGAGAGGCUGAAUAUUGGCACAGGAGGGCCACCGUAGCCUCCUAUGGCCCACAGGGUCAUGAUCUUCCAGCCUUCACAUUUGACCCUUUGCCAUCAGGUCACCCAGCUUAUCCAGAAGCAUCGAGGUCCCAUGCUCAUUCCCACCUGGACCUAAAGUACAGCAGCAGUAGCAGCGGUUACCAAACGCCCCGUCAGGUGUGCCCCUGCUCGCCCUACCAGCCCUCGCCGUCUGAAAGCAGAGGCUACGCCUCGGGCUACCAGUCUGAGUCUACGUCCCCGCUGCCCCCGGCAUCUUCUAUGACGGGGCCUUGCAGCCAUAGCAACGGGUCAGCAGAGCAUAACCACAACCACCACCAUCACCACCCAGACUCACAGCAGUCAUACGGCUCUGACUCACACACUGAUGGCCUCCGGAGCUCUGGUGAAAGUGUUGGCUGGAGGGAUCACAUUACCCACGGUUCCUUUAAGAGGGUCCACAGAGACGGACAUGCUGCAUGUUCCACCCCGUCUGACAUGUCUGGACCGCCUACUCCUGUCCACACCAGCAGCCCUCUACGCACACAGGAAAGCCCCAGUCCAGCAGGGAGAGAGUAUGAGAUCCGGACCACAGACAUCCUCAGCAGUGACUACGAGACUUCCCAGCCCCAGGACGAACACUACCGUGCUGAUGUCAUCCCCCAGGAAACCCUGGGAAGCCAAAGAAGCAGCACAGAGCCGCAAUCCCUGCCACAGGCGACCAAAGACACACAAUCACACACACCUAUCCAAACAGAACCCCACAACCACUGCACUGCACCAACAGACCCGUCCCCUACCACUCCCCAACAGCAGCACUGUAGCCCAAAUACACCCUCAGCCUCUACAACGCAGAACACUUCUUCUUUUGAUUCUGCAACACCAAACACAUCAAACCAGGGACUCUGCCAGGCUCCUUCAUCCCCGAUCCGUGCUUCCUCUGCACCAGAUACACACCCCCAACCUAGCUCUCUCCCUAUCCAGACCCCUCAUCCAUCAGAAGCUGCUGCUCUGCCUUCCAAUGUGGCACAGGCAGUGCCCCAACCUCAGAGCCCGACUCAAACCCAAGCUGCUGCACUGACAUCCCUGACACAGGUCAUUGGAUCUUCUCCAACUGGGGAACCUCACCCUGACUCAGCAAAACCCACGAUCAGUCCCGUCCCUAACUCCACAUGUGCCCCUGCAUCUCCCACCUCAUCUUCACCAUUAUCCCCCCAGCCUGCCUCCAGCAGCAUGGAGGGCUCCCCAGUCUCUGACGCCCCAGUUCCUGGCUUUGCCACUUUGGGCAGGAGAUUGAUGUUGAGUGGGCCUGACUCCCACCAUCCUAACCACAUCCAGCAGCACGGACCCCCACACCACCACCACCCAGGCAUGGAGCACAGCGCUGCUGGACACACUUCUCCUCUGGAUGCUAACAAGAGGCCCUGCUACUCUGCUCACACCCCUCAGCUCUAUCCAUCCUCCUACUCCAAUUACUCCACCAUCUCCAUCCCCCUUCCUCACCCCCAGCCACCUUUGCCAGAGAAGCGCCACCCUCCCGUGCAGUCAGGUCAACCCAGCGAUGGGGCGGGAACUUUGCGGCCAGCUGUAGGCCAUGUGCCUCCCUCCACCGCCAGCAACAGCCAGCAUCAGCUGCAUGUCACGUUCUCUCCCACUGUGGGGGAAAUUGCACCUCCUGCAGGCAAAAAUGAUGGAGUGGCGUCUGUGGAGAGUGAGAAUGCGAAUAGGGUCAGUGUCAAGUUUGUACAGGACAGUUCAAGAUUCUGGUACAAGCCCGGCAUCUCCAGAGAGCAAGCAAUCGCAGCUCUGAAGGAGAGAGAGCCAGGAACCUUCCUGAUCAGGGACAGUAACUCUUUCCAGGGGGCCUAUGGCCUGGCCCUGAAGGUGGCUACACCUCCUCCCAAUGUCAACAACCACAGCAGCAAGGUGAGCGAUCCUCUGGAGCAGCUGGUCAGACACUUCCUAAUAGAAACAGGCCCCCGAGGAGUCAAGAUUAAAGGGUGUCAGAAUGAGCCCUACUUUGGGAGUCUGUCUGCAUUAGUCUACCAACACUCAAUCACGCCCAUCUCUUUGCCCUGCGCUCUGAAGAUCCCGGAAAAAGAUCUGAUCGGAGAGGUGCCUGAGGUUCAACCGGUGAAUAACAUCAGCACGGCUGCUGACCUGCUGAAACAAGGAGCAGCCUGUAACGUCCUUUACCUGAACUCAGUGGAAACAGAGUCUCUAACAGGCCCCCAGGCUAUCGCCAAGGCGACAGAUGCUUCCCUGGGUCGUAAUCCGCGUCCCUCCGCCACCGUGGUCCAGUUCAAGGUGACAUCGCAGGGUAUCACACUGACCGACAGCCAGCGCAGGCUUUUCUUCAGGAGACAUUACCCUGUGAACAGUGUGACCUUCAGCAGCAUCGACCCUAAGGACAGGAGGUGGACUAACUCAGACAACACCACCGUUAAGGUGUUUGGUUUCGUAGCCAAGAAGCCAGGCAGCUUGGCAGAGAACGUUUGCCACCUGUUUGCCGAGUUGGACCCAGAACAGCCCGCCUCUGCCAUCGUCAACUUUAUCAACAAGGUCAUGUUGUCGCAGCGCCGAUAGAAGGAGACAAAGAGAGGAAACCAAAGCAAAGCGGACAAAGAGCGGCACACAGCAAACAGAACUGACAAGGCUUUUGUUGUACAGUUAUGGCCUGAAGUCAGUGCUUGUGUAAGACAUUUUGAAGACAAUUGAAAAUCUUAGUCCAUGAUCCCUACUGAUGGUGUUCAUCUUCCACUCUGUCUGCUCCUUACAGUCAAUCUGGUCGACAAUAUUACACUACAUUUCAAUUUUCUAAUCAAGUAUUAUUGGAUGAAAAGAAACAAAGCAGUGUUGAAGCAAAGCCAUGAUGUGUAGUGUUACAACUCCUCCAAGGACGGGAAGGCUUCAGAGGACACUAAAGCAAUCCACAGUAGCUUUCCAAGAAAAAAAAGAAUUCUUCUACAUCAACCAGGGGCCUGUAUCAUGAAGAACGAUGAGUGUGUUUUUAGCUGCCUUUGAGCAGAACUCAGAUUUUCUGGUGUCAUGAAGCUGGCUCACUUUUAACCAGGGUAGAUCACCAUGGCAACCUGCUGCAGAGCAGGUUCAGUAACCUGUCAACAUGGAGUCACCAUUCCUGCAAGAUCCUGCAGAAGAUAAAAAAUAAUGAGUUUCCAAUGAAGUGACAUGUAAUAGAUAACAGCAGACUUGUUUUGUAGAUCAGUGCAGUCACUUUGCCUACUAUAAUCAUUGUGUCAGAGAUAGAAGCAUUUUGUGUCCACUCUAGGUUUAAAACAGCUCUGUUAGUAGUUUAACACAUUAACACAAUAAUCAGUGAUAAAUAUAGAUGCAUAUUAAUUGUGAACACUGUUGUGCACGCCAUUAAAAAGCUCAGUAAAUAAUAAAUACAACAUUCUGGUCGGAUAGGUCUUAUCAAUCAUUCAGUUGUCUUUUUUAGACCUUUUUUAACUAUCUGUACCUCACUUUUAAGAAUAACUUGUUCAUAUUACAUUGCUCGUCAUGAGACAAAAAAGCCAGAAAAUAUGACUAUGGAAAAUGAAUGGACCGUGGAACAGGCCUAAGUAACAGUAUUUCAAUUGAGAGAUAUAAGUAUUUCUGAUUCUCAGAAACUGGAAAUGAGUGGGACUAAAAAGGUAAUAUCAUGUGGUUCCAUGCAGCAAUUAGGAUUACUAACAUUUCAAUCAAAAUCUGAUGACUGCUAGUGGAUUAUUUGGUUGCAGCGAGUCAAAUCUGACCAAACAACACCCCACACAGGUAGUCCUUUAAUCCUAAAUAUUUAAUGUUACAGAGCAAUAUUCGUGAAUCAAAACCAAGUUUCCAGAAGCUUCAAAUACUCACUUCAUGGUUUUGAUGAUGUUCCAGCUUCAUGAUACGAGUCAUCAAGAGUUCCAGACUAAGUUGAAGUCACUUCAUGAGGCGGCCCCUGGUUAGAUGACGGUCAAAUGCAACUUCUAUGCUACCGGCGUUCAGUGUAACAGUGAUAAAAGUAGGGCUGGCCGAUAUGGAGGAAAGUAAAUAUCACAAUAUUUUUGACCAAAUAUCGAUAUUGCAAUUGUAGGUUUGAGUAUUGGUGCUUUUACAAAAUACUUUCACAAUGAAAUUUUUGAUAAAUAACCAUCCGUUAUGUGGAUUUAAUGACUAAGUGGGUAAAGGCAAAGGAUAGUACAGCUAGAACAGUCGGGUUUGUUCAGGAAAUUGCAUCACUUUACAUUAUUGCAGCCUUUAAAAUCAGGAAGACAACACUCAUGAUAUCACAAAAUCUAUUACCAUAUCUUGUCUCAUAUCAUGAUAUGGAUAUAAAAUCAAUAUAUUGCCCAGCCCCAGACAGAAGUGCUAAAAGCAGCUUUAAGGACACACACAGCAGACUGUGUGGCACAGUAACAAAGAGGACCUUUCCUUGCACUGUUUAGGGCAACAGCGCCCUGUAAUGCUCAACACUUAGACGUAAUAACUGCCAUGAAAAACAGCAGGUGUUUAUAUUUUGUGUAGUUACCAAAUCCCUUAUUUUUCUUUGCUUCAAAAAAAUGACCAAAGCCCUGAUGAUGUAAUUUAGUCUCUAUAUCCACAGAUGUUCAGGUAUCCAGAUGUAUGUACAGCAUAUUUACAGCCACUCUUGCCUUCAACCUCACAACAGCACCUUUAUAACACGUUUAAUCAUUAUCGACAAUCAUGUUUUUUGUUUCGUUUCCCACUCACGUACACUUAAUAAUCAGAGCGAGCGAGAGGAAGAACUCUCUGACGAAAGUAAACAUGAAUGUGAGAUUUAUAACUUUUAACGAGUGUGUGUGUGCGAGGGAGUGGCUUGCGUGUGUGUUGAGGGUAUAAAGGUAAAUCUGUUGGUAUUGGGUUAACGUCCGUUUGUAAAGACAAGUAUGUGAAACGGGGAACAAGCUCGAUGGGGAAGGACGUACAGCGUUCAGCCACACCGUUGCCGUGAAAUGUUUGGUGUUCAUUCACUGCUUCACAUCUUCUUCACACAUACAGUAUAUUAAGUUAACAAAGAGAAGACUGGUAAACACACACACACACACACACACACACACACACACA